AUGGCGUGGGUCCUCCGCCGGCCGCCAACGUGGACGACAAUAGCCGUCCUCGCCUUCGUCAUCCCCGUCACCGCAACCACAACCUACCUCGUCACGCUGAAUAGGCGAGUUUCCAAAUUCACAUCUGCCGCAUCCGGACAACGGCACCCCUCUCUUCCUCCUUAUCCAAAGCGAGAACCUCCAUUCCAUGUUACGUCCGACGACUCGGAAUGGGUGCUCGCGUACGAGCGCGCAGUGACGGAACCAAUCUCCCUAAGCUCCCUAAAGUAUCCAGCACCAUCAACCGUACCAAACGGCCCCGGCACCACCGUGUCCCCCUCGGCACUUCUCACGGCCUACUCGCGCGCCGUGCAAGUCGCCUUCAGCCACACGCCCCAAGCGUCCCUCAUCCGCGGCGCGGUCCAAGAGCCCGAGGCCAAGCGCACGUUUGACACCGACUUCAUCAACGCUCUCCCUUUUACCGUCGGGGACACGGUCUGCGGCAUCUGGCGGGUCGCGCACCGCGGCGCCACGCCCGGGGUGGAGGACCGGCCGUCGGAGAGGAUCGAGUGCGUGGGCGACCCGCCUGCGAGCUACAAAGGCGAGCGCAUAGGCGUGGUCAUCGUCUCGGCCGUGGACGUGGUCGGCGAGGACAAAGUCGUCUUUAGCAACGAGACGUGGAUGUGGCGAAAACCGAGCGCGAAAGCUACCUUGAUCGAGACGACGAGUGUAUCAACGGACAAGAUCAAGAUGUUGCUGUCGUCGGUAGCAUGCAUGAUUCUCGCCGAGAGGCCGGAUCCUAUGGCUCUAUCUCUGCUCACGGCCCACUGGCCUUUCUCAAGCAUGAUUCGGCCAUCUGACCUCUGGCUCCCACCUGCUCAUCUCCCCUCCCACCCCACCACUUUCAACAUGAAGUUCGCCUUGACCAUCGUCCCUCUCCUUGCCGGACUCGCCUCCGCUGGGCAGAUCCUGUUUUGCAACACCGAGCGUUGCGACGGCUCGUGCAGUUUCCAGAGCCCUGCUGGUAACGGUGCCUGCCGACAGCUCGGAGGCAUCAAGAGCGCCAAGGCUACCCAGGUUGAUGCUGGCUGCAGCUUCACCGUGUACACCGACUCCAACUGCAGCAAGCAGGCAACCACUGUUGGACUCAACCAUAAAAUGGAAAAUCCAGAAACCGAUAUCCAUCACGUCCUGCACGGCCUCUGCCGCGGCAGCCUCGCCGAGCAGACGGCCACGGUAGCCAAGUACUUCGUUGCCGACGCCGCCUUCGAGCACCCCUUUUGCCGGGUACCGCCCUUUGCCGGCCUCUCCAUUCCCGGAUCUGCUACUUUGGAUUCCCGGUGGUUGGUGCUCAUGAUUUACCGCUGGUAUCGGAUCUUGAGCCCGCGGAUUGAUUUCGAGUGGAUUCCUGCUGCCUCUGGGCUUCUCUACGUAAACCUCGUCCAAAAUUUUGCCGUUUGGUUUAUUCCCUUUUACAACGCCCCCGUCCGCCUCGUCACAGUCUUGACGCUUCGAGCCGUUGACUCGCGCUCGCUGCCAAAGGAGGAAUUCGCAGACCAUCUGACUCUAGGGCAAUGGCAGCCAAAGGGCCGCCAGCAAGACUACUACCAAGUCCGGGACUCGCUAAGGUUCAUCUCCCUGGGGUUUGGCGCCGCUUUUUGGACCGGGUUCCAAGUCUUGGCAUCUGCAACUCUGUACCUUUUCCCUAAUAGCAGGGUUAUUGACUACGGCUAA